AUGGUUCGCCCGCGGGGAAGCUCAGCCUUGGGCGUGGACAUUCGAGGUGACACCAGCGCACCGGCAAUGUCCACAAUGAACGAACAAUUCGAUGGCGCACAGAAACAGGCCAGCAAGCCCCAGCCCAAACGGCGUCGCAGUCGCUCCCUCCUCCACCGCUUCGCAGAUACCUGUCUACGAUACACAUGGCUCCUACCGCUUCUCAUAAUGAUGUUCCUGAUCUCGCUAUAUGCCAUCAACCCCACAACUUCGAACCCAAUGCACAGUGCCAUUUUCCUGUCCUACCCGCAACCCCCGAAGACACCCGGCGGACCCAUCAUGUACGGCAAGGGCAAGAAGGACAUUGCAUUUGUGGCAUUCUACACCAUUGUGCUGUCAUUCACGCGUGAAUUCAUUAUGCAGCAGAUUAUCCGGCCUUUUGCAGUCUGGUGCGGUAUCCGCGGGAAGGGAAAGACGGCGCGGUUCAUGGAGCAGAUGUAUACGGCGAUUUACUUCGGUGUGUUCGGACCGUUUGGUCUGUACGUCAUGAAGCGGUCGCCGAUUUGGUACUUCAACACGACGGCGAUGUUUGAGGGUUUCCCGCACCGCGAGCAUGAGGCUCUGUUCAAGGCGUACUACCUGCUUGAGGCGAGUUACUGGGCCCAGCAGGCGAUUGUGUUGCUGUUGCAGUUGGAGAAGCCUCGUAAGGACUUCAAGGAGCUUGUUGGCCACCAUAUUAUCACGCUUGCGCUUAUUGCGCUGAGCUACCGCUUCCAUUUCACGUACAUGGGCUUGGCGGUGUAUAUCACGCACGAUAUCUCCGACUUCUUUUUGGCUACCUCGAAGACGCUCAAUUACCUGGAUGCGUAUAUCACUGCGCCGUACUUUGCCAUGUUUGUCGGAUGGUGGAUUUACCUGCGUCACGUGCUCAAUCUGAAGAUCCUCUGGGCUGUUUUGACCGAGUUCCGCACGGUUGGGCCAUUCGAGUUGAACUGGGAGACACAGCAGUACAAGUGUUGGAUCAGUCAAUAUAUCACCUUUUCGUUGCUCGCCAGUCUGCAGGCUGUCAACCUGUUCUGGCUGUACCUGAUCCUGCGCAUCCUGUCCAACUACAUCUUCACCAAUGUCACAAAAGAUGAGCGCAGCGAGGACGAAGAGGAAGAGGAAGAGCUGGAGUCUGUUAGUGCGACCAAGGCAAUUGCCACUGGCGCAGACCUGACCAGCAAGGAGAACCACGCACCCCAGGUUCUGCUCAACGGCGAGCCUGUCGCCGAGCAGCGUGGUCCUCGGACUCGCAGCAGAAAGGCAUAA